AUGGUGGGGGUCCUGGCCAUGGCGGCGGCGGCAGCUGCUCCCCCUCCGGUGAAGGGCUACGAGAUUGAGGCAUGCAAAAAGCGAAGGAGGGAUGAUGACAGAUCUUCCAGUGAAACAAUUACAAAAUAUUUAUCACCAGUAGAGAAGACUGGAGACAGGGUUUUUUCUCCACCAAAAUCCAGUAAUAUUCUGGAUUAUUUUAGAAAAACUUCACCCACAAAUGAGAAGACUCAGUUAGCAAGAGAGUGCAAGAUAAAAUCACCUGCACCAUUGCCUGCUGACAUUGGCAAAAACUGUAAAAUACCUUUGGAAAUGUUCUCAAAUAUAGAGUUUAAGAAGAGAAGAAAGACAGUUAAUUUAUCUCAUCAACUAAGUAAUAUUAAACCUGAAAAUGAAUCUCCAAUUGAAAUUAAUAGUGAUGAUAGCAAAGAAGACUCUAGUUUAAAUAAUGAUGUUGUGGAGAGUAGUACUUCUUUUUCACUCAAGCAACCUGUAGAAAUACUUGCAGAAAGUAUUCAAGAUAACAAAAACCAGUCAAGCAUUGUGGCCUCCAAGAAAAGUUCUAAGAAAGUAAAUCCUAAACUAGGGGCCACAGAAAAUGAUUGUAAAAAUUUGAGAAAAAGGAAGCGCCAAGAGAUAAUAGAUCUAUCUGAAAGUUUACCUUUGGCAGAGGAGCUAAAUCUCCUUAAAAAAGAUUGUAAAGAUAGUAAACAGAUAAUUCCUUCCCUAAUUAAUGAAAUUGAGAAUACUACAGAUAAUGUAACUAAACCAGCCCAGUUAAAUGAUGGUACAAUAACUGUCUCGUAUGAAGAAUUUUUAAGAAGUCACAAGGAAAAUAAACUGGAACAGAUCCCAGACUCUACAUUGUCAAUUUGUGUCCCUUCUAAAACUGUUGAAGAUAGAGUCACAAGUGGUUGCACAAGUGAUACAGAAACCUGUGACAUUUCCCAGCAAGUACCCUUUAAGACAGUUACUGUUCUUGCACAAGUUCACCCUAUUCCCCCCAAAAAGACAGGGAAAAUACCCUCAAUUUUCUUGAAACAAAAGCAGUUGGAAAUGGAAAAUAGUCUGUCUGAUCCCGAGAAUGAACAGACAAUUCAGAAAAGAAAAUCUAACGUUGUUAUACGGGAGGAAGAACUAGAAUUGGCAGUAUUGGAAGCUGCAAGUUCUGAAGCUGUGAAACCAAAAUGCACUCUAGAAGAAAGACAGCAAUUUAUGAAAGCAUUUAGGCAGCCAGCAUCAGAUGCACUUAAAAAUGGAGUAAAAAAGUCUUCUGAUAAACAGAAAGAGCCCGAUGAAAAAUCUUUAAAUGAGGAAGAGAGAGACAGUAAUUCUAAAAAAAUCAUGGAAAAUUCUAAUAUCCAAAUGGUUUCAGAUAAUGGCAAUUCACAGUCACACACUCAUAAAGGAAGUUUUCCUAAGGAGAAAUGUCAAAAGCUAAAGAAAAAGGAUAAGAAAAUGUUAGCUAUUGGUGCUACUUCAGGUGAAAAUAGAGAGGGAAAUCCUCAAAUGAGGGAAACAACUUUUUCCUUUAAAGGCAAACAAAGUAAAAAUAGGCUUAGAAUGAGUUUAAGACAAAAGAAAACAGGAGUUUUCAAAGACAGCCCAUUAUUUAGCAGUGCAAGUUUUGUUUGUGAAGACAGAGCAAAUGAUGACCCUCUAAAGAUUUGUUCUCAGUAUAAUAAGUCUUCAAGAAAAACUAGCACACCAGUUAAGGAUAAGGUAAUAUAUCCUAAAGCUGAAACUGAAGACAGCUUGGUAAAUGUUUCUACACCCAAAUCAACCAGGAGAUCUCUAAGAGGUAGCAGGACACCUACUGCAACAAUCAUUGGAGGUACAGAUUCUGAAGAUGCACAAGAUAUAUGUCCUGUGAAGGCUUCCACUCCAAGAGCAUCCAAGUUAUCAGAAAAGCAUAGCUUAUAUACAGCGGAAUUAAUCACAGUAUCCUCUGAUUCAGAGAGUCCUAUUAGAAUGAAAUUCACCAGAAUUAGUACUCCCAAAAAAUCUAAGAAGAAAUCUAAGAAAAGUUCCAAGAAAUCUGAAGCAACUGGUGGAGAUUUUACCUAUCAAACUAGAAAGGCAAGCAAUACUUCAAAAAAUGUAUCAAAAGCAAAAAAACUGAUUGAAAAAGCAAAAGCUUUACACAUUAGUAGGUCAAAAGCUGCUGAAGAAAUAGUGACACCCUUAAGGCGUUCAUCUAGACAUCAGAUUCUUCCUGAAGGGAAGAAAAUGUCAGACACAGAAGACUCUGUAAUAAUAAUAAAUUCAAGUCCUACUUCUUUAAAGCAUCCUGAGACAAAUCAGAAGAAACUUCAGUGUCUAAAUGAUGUGCUAGGAAAAAAACCUAACAAGACUUCUAAAAAUGAACCUGGAAAAAUGAAAAUCGCUCCUUUAUUUCUUACCAGAAAGGUUCAUAAAACAACUGAUCCUAUCCUUGGUUUUGAUGAAAGCAGUCAAGAUACCUCCGAAAGAUCUCAGGAUUGUGAUGUGCGACUUAAAGCAAAGCGUGACUUUCUAAUGAGUGGUCUGCCAGAUUUGUUGAAACGACAAAUUGCAAAGAAAUCUGCUGCAUUAGAUGUGUACAAUGCAGUGAGUACUAGUUUCCAGAGAGUAGUUCAUGUACAACAAAAAGAUGAUGGGUGCUAUUUGUGGCAUUUGAAACCACCCACUUAUUCUCGCUUAAUUAAACUUAAACAAUGGAAUACUAAAGUAAAUCUUUCUAAGUGUGUUAUUGCUCUUGGUGAAUUUUCAACAUUGAAUUCAAAUUUGAAAAGUAAUAAUUCUGCUGUUGUGUAUAUGGGGAGAAGGAAAGGUUUUACUGAAGAAGUAAGAAAUCUUUUGCUGGAAGAAAUUACAUAUUCAAAUCCUGAGUUUUCUUUGAGGAAAUAUUUUCCAUUGCUUCUAAAAAAAAAUACUGAGCACCAAGUACUCUCUGAAUGUCAUUAUAAACAAGAAAAUCCACAACUAGAGCCUGAUGUCAAUCUAAAGGAAACCAAAAGGAAACGAGUGGAAACCAAAAAUCGUAAGUCAAAAAGAAGGAAACCAAAUGAGUAUUCAGAAAAUCCAGAAAAUAUAAAUGGAAAACCAAAAGAACUGGAAAAAACACACAACUACACUGGGAUAAAGCUUGAUUCUUCCAAAAAUUCUGGAACUGAAGACAUGCUUUGGACAGAAAAGUAUCAACCUCAGAACUCCAGUGAACUCAUAGGCAAUGAACUAGCUAUAAAAAAGUUACAUAGUUGGUUAAAAGACUGGAAAAGAAGAGCUGAAUUAGAAGAAAGACAGAAUUUGAAGGGUAAAAGAGAUGAGAAACAAGAAGAUCUGUUGGAUAGAAUUGACUUUAAAGACAGUUCAGAUGAAGAAGAGAAUCGUCUUUGCAAUACUGUUCUCAUAACAGGGCCAACAGGAGUGGGGAAAACUGCUGCAGUAUAUGCUUGUGCUCAGGAGCUUGGAUUUAAGAUAUUUGAAGUGAAUGCCUCAUCUCAGCGCAGUGGUAGACAAAUUCUGUCUCAACUGAAGGAAGCUACUCAGUCCCAUCAAGUAGACAAGCAAGGUGUAAACUCACAAAAACCUUGUUUUUUCAAUAGCUACAACAUAGGCAAGUCACCAAAAAAAUUAAAUUCUCCUAAGAAAGUCGUUACAUCACCAAGGAGACUUCCUCCAUCAUCACCACAAAGUAGUGGACCAAAGCGAGCACUUCCACCUAAAACACUGGCAAAUUAUUUUAAAGUGUCUUCCAAGCCAAAAAAUAAUGAAGAAAUAGAACUUCCAGAAAAUAAUAAAGGAAUCAAAAAUUUUUUUGAACAGAAACAAACUAUUCAGACUAAAUCUACAAAUACAACUAAUUCAAAUGUCAAAGAAUAUGGAGCUGAGGAACCCAACAGGAAAAGUGCAAUAUCUCUCAUUCUUUUUGAGGAGGUUGAUGUCAUUUUUGAAGAAGAUGCUGGGUUUUUGAAUGCAAUCAAAACAUUCAUGGCAACUACUAAAAGACCUGUAAUCCUUACUACAAGUGAUCCUUCAUUUAGUUUAAUGUUUGAUGGCUGCUUUGAAGAAAUUAAUUUCAAUAUGCCUUCAUUGCUAAAUGUUGCCAGCUAUCUACAGACAAUCUGCUUAACUGAGAAUUUUAGAACUGACAUAAAAGACCUUGUAACAUUGUUAACUGCAAAUACUUGUGAUAUUAGGAAAAGUAUCCUUUACCUACAAUUUUGGAUUAGAAGUGGAGGUGGAUUUUUAGAAGAAAGGCCGUUAUCUCUUUGUCGAGAAAACAGCAGAAAUGGACAACUUAUUCGCUCUGAAGAUGGCCCUGAUUCCCAAAAUAACCCUAAAAAUGCUAAAAGGAGUCCUACAGACCUUCCCAAAUGUGACACUGGCUGUGUUGAGACCUUGUUUGGCCUUAAGAACAUUUUUCCCCCAUCUGAAGAUUUAUUUUCAUUUUUAAAGCACAAAAUCAGAACAAAGGAAGAAUGGCAUAAGCUCAUCCAGGUUCUUACAGAAUUCCAAAUGCGGAAUGUAGAUUUCUUAUAUAGUAAUCUUGAGUUCAUCCUACCAUUACCUGUUGAUAUCAUUCCAGAAACAGAAAAGCUUUGUGGUUCAUCAGUAAGUGUGGACACCAGUGCAGCAACAAAAAAUAUGAAAUGUCUUGCCAGGAAACAUUCUGGAGAGAAGCCAUUGAAAAAGUCACAAAAAAAGAAACAUAAGAAAAAAAUGGUAAUUCUAGAUGAUAGUGACUUAUUUGACACGAACUUGGACUUCUCUGAUGAAUUUCUUUGCCUUCACCCUGAAUCCUCAAGUUCAGAAGAAAGCAAAGCCAAAGAAAGCAAUUCAGAGACAAAGAAACUAAACAAAUGUUUAGAUUCUAACAUUGAAUCUAAUCCUCAUCUUCCUGAAACACCAGCAGAAAAAAAAUGUUCUGCCCUUGUUUCUCACUGUUUAAAUUCUCUCACCGAGUUCAUGGAUAACAUGUCCUUCUUAGAUGCCCUUUUAACUGAUGGAAGGGAACAAAAGGAACUUGGGAAACAUGACUUUAGUUGGACAAAUGGAAAGGUUAAAAGUGGACUUUGUGAUGAGUUUAGUCUUGAAAACAGUGAUGGAUGGACUUCUCAAAACUCUGGAGAAUUAAAGGCAGCGGUAGAAGCUCUCAGUUUUACUAAGUGUUCUUCAACUAUUUCAAAAGCAUUGGAAACCUUGAAUUCUUGCAAGAAAUUAGGCAAAGAUCCAAUGAAAGACCUUACUUUAUCUGUUUCACAAAAGCGCACCAAUGUGUACUUUAGUCAGACCUCGGCUAAUCUAGACUGUGCUUGGAAGAGGAUAGCAGUCAUUAAAAGUGUAUUUUCUAGCCGAUCUCUUCUCAACCUGGGUAAUAGACAAGCUAGUAUAAUUGAAUACUUGCCAACUCUUCGAAACAUUUGUAGGACUGAGAAGCUAAAAGAACAAGGAAAAAGUAAAAGAAGAUUCCUCCACUAUCUUGAAGGAAUUCACCUUAAUAUUUCAAAAGAGACUGUGAACACUUUGGCAGCUGGCUUCCCUUAAUAUUCCACAUUAACAGUGCCUUGUACAGAUUAUUGUGUGGUCCCUAAGAUACAUUUUUAUAUUGAUUUUUGUGGAAGUUUACAUCUCUUAAUGUACAUUUAAAACAGAAUAUUUGUAUAUUUUUUACUAGUGCGCAAAUAUUUAAAAUGAAAAAAUUUGAGUUGCAAUUUGUAUUUAUGAUGUGGUGGUAUUUUAAAAGAAUUUUGUAUUAUCUGAUUUAGCUUUGUUGGAGUAUUUAUGUAUGUAAGUGAGCUGUUUCUAGGAGCUAGAGUUCACUAAGAUAUUUCUAAAGAGGGUUCAAUGCUACACUACUCCAUAAUUUUUCCCUCCUGGUUCCUUUAAUUCACCUCUCUUCAACCAAGUGAGUACUCUGUCAAGUUGUAAAUAUGAAUCUCUUAAAUAAAUUU